AUGGCCAGGGUUACACGUCUAGCAGGAUUGUGCUUGGUGCUAUGUCAUUUCGCAUAUUCUGAGGAACUAGGAUGUUAUUUCACCAACUGGUCCCAGUACCGACCUGGUAUUGGGAAGUACAUGCCUUCCAAUGUGGAUCCCUUUCUCUGUACCCAUCUGUUUUAUGCCUUUGCUAUGAUUAACCAUGCUAAUGAGAUCAUCACAUAUGAAUGGAAUGAUGAGACCCUUUACGAAGCCUUCAAUGGCUUAAAGAACAAGAAUCCUGGUCUUUUAACUCUUUUGGCUGUUGGCGGAUGGAAUUUUGGCUCAUCCCAGUUCUCCAUCAUGGUGUCCUCUGCUGAAAACCGUCAAAAAUUCAUCCAGUCCACCAUCACAUUUCUGAGGAGAUAUGGAUUUGAUGGACUGGACUUGGACUGGGAAUACCCAGGCUCCAGAGGCAGUCCUCCAGAGGACAAGCAGAGAUUCACCCUGUUGUGCAAGGAACUGCUGGAAGCUUAUGAGGCAGAGAGCAAAGCUACUGAGCUGCCUAGACUCAGGGUUACUGCUGCUGUAUCAGCUGGCAAACAUACAAUUGAUGCUGGAUAUGAAAUCGCUGAGAUUGCCAAAUAUCUUGACCUCAUCAACAUUAUGACCUAUGAUUUCCAUGGAACUUGGGAGAGAUUUACAGGACACAACAGCCCCCUCCAUCAAGGAGCUAAGGAUGAGGGAGAUCUUAUUUACUUCAACACGGAUUAUGCCAUGAGAUACUGGAGGGACAAUGGUGCCCCUGUGGAGAAACUGAGGAUGGGGUUCGCUACAUAUGGUCGUACCUUCCGUCUGACUUCCUCAGAUACCGGAGUUGGAUCUCCAGCCAGUGGACCUGCAUCUGCUGGAGUCUAUACCAGAGAGGCUGGCUUCUGGGCCUACUACGAAAUCUGUGGCUUCCUUCAGGGAACUACACUUCAGUGGAGUGAGGAUCAGAGAGUACCCUAUGCCACCAAAAGUGGGGAAUGGGUUGGCUUUGACACCAGAGAGAGCUAUGAAAUCAAGGUCCGCUAUCUGAAAGACAACAAGUUUGGAGGGGCUUUUGUUUGGGCUCUGGAUCUGGAUGACUUUGCUGGUCAAUUCUGCGGGCAGGGGAACCAUCCUCUCAUGAGCCACCUGAGAAAUCUUCUGGAUAUCAAAGUGCCUCCGACACCACCACCACGACCCACCACCACCCGCAACCCUGACGAGCUGACCACCCUAAAACCCACAACAACCACGACCACAACUACCACGCAUGAACCCGGAACUGGAUUCUGUGCUGAUAAGGCUGAUGGCAUUUAUGCUCACCCUGAAGAUCAAACUAAAUUCUAUCAGUGCACUGGUGCUAAAACAUUUGAGAAACAGUGUGGAACUGGAACAGUGUAUAACGAUGCCUGCAAGUGCUGCUCCUGGGCUAAGCAUUAG